AUGGAUCAGAGUUUGAGAGAUGCUGCUCAGCAAGGAAGUAUUGAUGCCUUGCAUUCAUUGGUACGGGGAGACCCAUAUAUUUUGGAAACAAUCGAUAAAAUUCCAUUUGUUGAGACUCCUUUACACAUAGCUGCAUCCGCAGGACAAACCCAGUUUGCCAUGGAGAUCGUGAGGUUAAAGCCGUCACUUGCUAGGAAGCUUAAUCAAGAUAGCUUCUCUCCGAUGCACCUUGCUUUGCAAAAUAACCAAACCCAAGUGGUGCGCCGGCUACUUGAUGCUGAUAAAGACCUUGUUCGUGUCCAAGGAAAGGAGGGUACAACUCCUUUGCAUUAUGUAGCUCGAACAGGAAACCUUCCUCUUUUGGCCGAAUUUCGAAAAGUCUGUCCCAUGUCUAUUAAAGAUGUAACAAUUCGAGGAGAGACUGCUCUUCAUUUUGCCCUCAAUAACAACAAGCUAGAUGCUUUUGAGCUCCUUAUAAGGUGGCUUCAGCAGACCACGUUGGAAGAUGCCUCCUCGUUGUGGGAAAAUAAAUUGCUGAAUUGGAAGAAUGAGGAAGGCAACACUCUGUUACACAUUGCAGUAUCCAACAAUCAACCUCAGGCAAGUUCUCUCCACUCAUUGUUUCUAAUAAGGGAAUUAAAUUGA